CAUGUGCAUUAAGCAUUACAUCUUUCUGUCUCACAGCAGACAUCUGCUAUAAUCACACGCUGAGUGUAUAACCAGGAAUGGAGUCCAACUGUUCAGAUAUCCCCAAGCUACUGCUGAUACAUUACCUUUCUCCAAUGUAUGCUGUGGUGUUUGCCAUUGGCUUCCUAGGUAACUUAUUUGUUAUCCUGGGCUAUGUGUUCUGCCUGCCUUCUUGGCAAUCUACAAAUGUGUACAUGUUUAAUCUGGCGAUUUCUGACCUCAUCUGCCUGUGCACUUUACCACUGCUGAGCUACAACUACUCACACAGCAAGAAUCUCCCCCCUGUUGCUUGUGUGAUUGUUCGCUACAUUCUCCAUAUUAACCUGUAUUCCAGUAUCCUCUUCAUGGUGUGGGUGGGUGUGGACCGAUCAUUACUGAUGUGGUAUCCACAGAGAGACCGCUUCCUGUUGACUUGGAAGGCCUCGUUGCUCGUCAGUUUCCUUAAUUGGAUCUGGGUGAUACUUGAACUUAUUCCUUACUUCUCCUUCAUAAUCAUUGACCUAAAGGAAACCAACUGGUCCAAGUGUAAUGAUUUUUCAAGCCUGUCCCAGACCACCCCGGUUCUGACCUACAGCUUGUGGCUCACCACCAUAGCAUAUGUGCUGCCGCUGCUGACCUUGUAUCUGUUUUCAAGUAGGAUGGUUUCUCUGCUCAAGAACAGAGAGGAAGUGCUUGGGACGUCCUUCCAAAGGCCAGUGAGCAUUUUGAAGUGUGCAACGAUCUUGUUCUUGGUGCUCUACAUGCCGUUUCACUUGAUGAGGAACGUACGUCUCGCAUCACGGCUUCCUGAAUUUGGACUGUUGCAGUGCACACAGGACUACAUUGAGGCGGCAUACAUAAUAACACGGCCAAUUGCAUUUGCUCACAGCGCUAUAAACCCUGUGUUUUAUGUCCUAAUGACAGACAGGUUUAGAGAGAUCCUGCAGGACAAGUGGCAGCAGUUUGCAAGAAAGGCAAAUCUUAGAAGAUUGUCAUGAGAAAAUCUCAAUAAGCAAAGAACUGGCCUUCAAUAUAUUGUUUAUUAUAAAGAUAUUAUUAUUAUUUUGCAUAUAACAGCAUUAAAUUGUUCUGCAUAUAAUCCCAUGCAAAGCUUAUUCUGUUACUUAUUUUCUUCACUCUGUUGGAAUGGAUUUAUCUAAAGCUUUGUGUUUGCUAAAUAAUGCAUGUUAAGUAAUAAUCAAAUAAAAUGGUGCUAAAAAUGUUUGGGGGGCACAAACAAACAUAAAAUCAAACUGUUAGUAAUGCAGGACUGUCAAUAGCCAUUUAUCAUGUGAUUAUGUAUCAUUACUGCUAAGAUAAAAUAUUGAAAAUGUUACUGUUAAAGUCAACUGUUAAA